AAACCAAAUCCCUCAAAAUUUAAAAUUAUUCCCCCAAAAAAUAAGCAAAAGCAAAGAACAAAAUCCGCUUUCUCCCAUCCCCGCGGGAGCCGCACCCGCUCUCUCAAUACCUUCCAUCCUCAACAACAACAAACACUACUCCUUAACCCCUCAAAUGAGCCCCAUCACUCACCACCACCACCACCUUUCCAAAUCCUCCACCGCCCCCGUCACAACCACCACUUCUUCCUCCACUACCCAAGCCUGCGCCGCUUGUAAAUACCAACGCCGUAAGUGCGCUCCCGAUUGCAUUCUUGCUCCUUAUUUCCCUCACGAUCGUCAACGUCAAUUCUUAAACGCUCAUAAACUCUUCGGUGUUAGCAAUAUUACUAAAAUUAUCAAGAAUCUUGAUCCCUUUGAGAAGGAAGAAGCAAUGCGUACCAUUAUUUUUCAAUCUGAUGUCCGAUCCGUUGAUCCUGUUGGCGGUUGUUAUCGGAUUAUUCGAGAUCUUCAACGUCAAAUUGAAUAUAAUAAGGCCGAGCUUGAGAUUGUGCUUCAUCAAUUGGCGAUUUGUAAGCAACAGGCCGCUGCUGCCGCGGCUGCUGCUGCUGCCGCCGCGAUUCUUGAAGGGGAUCCGAUGACUGGAUAUGGCGGGAUUGAGCAUCAGUUUGUGGAAGGAUAUGAAGGCGAAGGGUUUGUGGUUGGGGAAAAUGAGAAUGGAGAGAGUUUGGAAGAUCAGGAAGUGGAGGUUUGGGGAAUUCAAGAUUCCUGUUCUUCAUUGCAAUUGAAACAAGCUGGCUCUGUUCAUGAUUUUCAUGACAUCAAAAUCCACGAUAAUAAUCAUCAUCAACAUCAUCAUCAACAACAACUUCUUAAAUUUCAAAUCGAUCAUCAUCAAGAUUUGGUUCAUCAAAGUGAAGAACCAAUGCUGAAGAUGGACAAUAUGAUAUUGAAAGAAGAUUCUGACCCAAUACAACAGGUUCAAGAUCAAGAACUUAAAGGUGCAGUAGACACUUUAUUUACCUUCCCAUCUUGUGAUACUUAGCUUCAGCACAGCCCUUUCUCCUUCAUCACUUUAGUUUUCUUUGAUUAAUUAGUCCAUAAAUGCCUUUGGAGAAGAAAAGGUGUGAGUCAUUUAUAAAAGAGAAUGAGGUAAGGUAUGAAUAAUUUGCGCCCUUCUCCAACGUUCACUCCAUGUACUUAGGUAUAUCAUAUCUAUAUACCAAUUCAUUAACUUUUCAUACUUCACAGGAAUUAAACAUUUGUUUAUUCACCUUGUC